AUGGCAACAUGGCGAAAUUAGCUAGCCGCUUAGCUUGAGGUGGUUCGGGGUGGUCCUUUGUAGUGAUCGCUCGCCAAUGUUUUGUCACACCGUAUUCUCGUUAGAUCAGAGGUCGCAGCAGCUAUUUGGUCCUUGCUUAUUUAGUUCCGCCUAUCAACACGCCCUCACCCCUGUAAUAAAUAUCGACUACCACUGCAGCUCACAGGGGCAAGUUUUCUGCUUCUCUCUCUCCCUGCUGCCUGUUCCCUGGACCAAGGUGCCCACUACUCAGUCCCUUCCCGUGUCAGAAGAUCAUGGAGACAGAAAUCGAACAGCAAGAAGAGACCGCAUUCAGCAACACAGAGACUAAUGGUAAGCGCCCCGCUGAGGAUGCAGAUGAGCAGAAAUCAUUCAAGCGCUCCAGGAAUUCAGACGAGAUGGUUGAGCUUCGCAUCCUCCUGCAGAGCAAAAAUGCAGGAGCUGUAAUUGGGAAGGGUGGCAAAAACAUCAAAGCCCUUCGCACAGACUACAAUGCCAGUGUGUCAGUCCCAGACAGCAGUGGGCCUGAGCGCAUCCUGAGCAUCAGUGCCGACAUAGAGACAGUUGGAGAAAUCCUGCUGAAGAUUAUACCAACCCUGGAAGAGUACCAGCAGUACAAUGGAAUGGAUUUUGACUGUGAACUUCGUCUGCUGAUCCACCAGAGCCUGGCUGGCUCCAUUAUCGGUGUGAAGGGAGCCAAGAUCAAGGAGCUCCGAGAGAACACAAAGACCAGCAUUAAGCUGUUCCAGGAGUGUUGUCCUCAGUCGACAGACCGGGUGGUGCUGGUUGGUGGUAAAACGGAGAGGGUGGUGGAGUGUAUCAAGACUAUGCUGGAGCUCAUCGCUGAAGCUCCCAUAAAGGGUCGUGCACAGCCGUACGACCCCAACUUCUAUGACGAAACAUAUGAAUAUGGUGGUUUCACCAUGAUGUUUGAAGAGAGGGGGGGUGGUCGCAGGCUCAUGGGAGGGUUCCCCAUGCGGGGGGGCAGGUCCAGCGGUGGAGACCGUGGAUUCGACCGAAUGCCCUCCAGCAGAGGGGGACGGGGACCAAUGCCUCCCUCCCGCCGGGAUUACGAUGAGAUGAGCCCUCGCCGUGGUCCUCCUCCACCUCACCCGAGUAGGGUUGGGAGGGGGAGUGGCCGUGGACGCAACAUGCCUAUGGGACACCCACACAGAGGAGGAGAUGAUCGUUACUAUGACUCGUACCGUGGCUCAGAUGACAGGUCAAAUGACAGAAGAGGCAGACCGGAUCGCUAUAGUGAUAACAUGAGUGGAGGAGGAUAUGACAACAGUUCCUCAUGGGAUAGUUAUCAGUCAGGAGGACGUGGCUCCUACAGUGACAUGGGUGGCCCUGUCAUCACCACACAAGUGACGAUCCCUAAAGAUUUAGCUGGCUCUAUCAUUGGUAAGGGAGGCCAGCGGAUCAAACAGAUCCGCCACGAGUCUGGAGCCUCCAUCAAGAUCGAUGAGCCUCUGGAAGGUUCUGAGGACCGAAUCAUCACCAUCACCGGCACCCAGGAUCAGAUCCAGAAUGCCCAGUACCUUCUACAGAACAGUGUGAAGCAGUACUCUGGUCAUUUGCUGUAGACCCAGGAGAUUCAGAUUGAAGCAGACUCAGAUUGCCCCCCCUUCCCCUCCCCACUCCUCUGUCAACCUUUCUGCCCCUGUCCAACACAGCCCCUUCAGACUAUUAUUCUGGAUCGUGGGUGUCUUUUUGAAUUUUAUUUUUGUAUUUUUUAAUGAAAUAAAUGUCCCAACAUUCCUGUGCAUAAAAAGAAAUAUAGAUGUUCUGCAUUUUUAAGAGUGUAGUCCAUUAGUUUACCUGAUAUACACUUUUUUUCUAACACACAUCUAUCAAGAUAUUCUUCAGUCGCCUGACAGACAGACAAAAAUAAACAUAACCUUUAUUUUUGAUGGUUUCGUUUUUUUUGACUUGUAUGUGUAUGUUUGUGUCUCCAGUUUAAAUCUUUCCUACGUGUAAGUGUGCGCACGUAUGCUUGUGUGUGUGGGUCAGUGUGCUUUCUGUUGUCUAUAUUGGUCCAUUCACACACCGUUGUACUCCAUUACCACUCUGUGCAACAUGCAGAAUGUAAGAUACGUUUCUUUUUAUAUGAAUCAUUUAGGGUUUGGUUUUUUGUUUUUGUUUUUGUUUCUUUUCUUUUUUUUAAAAACAGAUAUGGAAAAUUUAACCCUUCAAAAUGGAUUUGGGAUGUUGAUGUUAGGACUCUUGUAUACACCGGAUACAAAGGACACUGACUAAUCUUUAAGAAUAUUCAUUAGUUGUGUGAUGAAAUAAAUCUGAAUCAUUUGAGUAAUACCCUACAGAUGGAAACAUGUAGCUACAAAAUGUAUGACAUUUUAUUGGACAAAUGACAAAUGAUGAUGAAUUUUUUCGUCCCUUCAAUUUCCAAUUGCUCUGCACUCGUUUGCUCUCCAUGCUGUAGACUUCACAUUGUCAAAUUGUAAAAUGAAUAAAGAUGCCACUUUUUACUGAA